GUGUGGUUUCAUCUUGUGAUUGUUAGGUUUGAGUACCCACCACCCACGACACUGACAGCUGGAAAAGACAAAACAGUUCAGGCUUUGCAAGACCAGCAGGAAAAAAGCACACCCGUUCAUGCAGAGAAGAGGAAGUCAGAGCAUUCGUUUGACACUUGUUUAAAAGAUGUGUCAAAUUUACUGCCAUCUGUGGAUCAAUCUGUUGAGAAUGAUCCUUUUUUUAAACUCUACCAAAUGUGCUCUACCAAAAAAACGGACAUUGUUGCUAAAUCACCAUGGAAAUCUGAGCUACCAAAAAAACCUCUUGGAAGACCUCAGGUUGAUCAUGAGGAAGCUCCCGCUGCAGAUGUUAAAAGUAGCCCUGAACCAGUCACAACUCCAGAACUGGAUUUCGAGGUUCUUUUAUCCUGGUUAGAUGAAAGUUUUACUGGACUAACUAUCCCUCAGAGCUCAUUUCAUGCAAGUCAGGAAGAGAAACCUGCCGAUGAUAUGCCGUCUGUAGGGUCCAUCACCCCCUCAUUGACAGAGAAAGGUGUAACUCCCGUCUCCCAGAAGAAGAGAACACCCUUGAAAACGCCUCAGAAGUUCAGUGCUGAUGAGGUUGUCCAGCAAAUUCUCUUAGAGCCUCAGUCUGAGGAGAAAACUCCCAAAUCCCCGGAAGGAAGGAGAAGUGUUGGAUCACAGGAUCAGAGCCUUGAUCUCAAAAUGCCUUUGGGCCAGCCUCAGACUCCAGGCCCAAUAGGCAAGAACACUGAAGUGAAAAUGUCACGAAUAACAUCUAUAAGACCAAAUGCUAGCAGGUCUGAAGUCCAAGGUGGUCCAUAUGAAAUUAAGAGGAUCAGAGUGCUGUCAUGCAAGGGAAGUUCUAAAGAAUAUGGGCCUGCUGGGGAAGGCCACUCCCACAGAGGCCGGAAGAAAAUGGAAAAUUGCAAGUGUAAGGGAGAGAGUGCUAAAACUUGGGUGUGGUUUGCCCACAUGGAUAAGGUGUUGGGACAGAGGCAUUCCACCAACCCCCGUUUCCAACUUGCCUCCUCCCCUGAGGACACACCAGGCUCAAGUUCAGCAGGGGAUGACGAAGAGGAGAUAUCAGAUGAGAGCACACAGCCCGGAUCUCCUGACCCCCCUAAUGUGCCACCACUCUGCACAGCUAAAACUUCUCGCCAUACUCUUGCUUCAAAGAGAAGGGCUGAGGCAGAUCAGCCCUGUGUCCUGAACGGCAUUAAUAGCAAGCCAGAUGAGGAAGAGCAUUUUCUUUUAAGUUUAGCUGGGGCAUUGAGACACCUUCCUCCAUGCAGUCGAUCCAAGGUUAAAAUCAAAUUUCAACAGAUUUUACAUGAUGCAGAAUUUAACCAUCAGUAA